AUGACGGCGGGGACCCCCGGAGCCAGCGCGGCGCUCAGCCCGCUGCCUCCAGGCUGCCCCCCGGCCGGCGCCCUCCCGCGCCUCGGCCCCCGCCGCCCCCGCCCCCGCCGCCGCCCCCGCCGCCGCCCCGAGGCCCUGCGGGUGCGGGCCCGGCUGCGGCUGCGCUCGCCCUCGGGGGCCUUCGCGGCGCUGGGGGCCCUGGUGGUGGCCGCGGGCCUGGCCAUCGCCGUGGCCGGCUACUGGCCGCGCCGGGGCGGGCCGGGGGAGCUGCGGCGGGGGCCGGGGCGGACCCCCGGGGACCCCCGGGACCGGCUGCGCCUGGUGGGGCCCGUGGUCAUGGGCGCCGGCCUCUUCGUGCUCAUCUGCGCCAACACCGUGCUGCUCGAGAGCCGGGACUCGGAGACCCGCCGGCUCCGCCGGGCCCUGGCCCUGGCCCCGGCGCUUGCCCCGGGCCCGGCCUCCCCCGACGGCAGCCCGGACGCCGGGGGCCCCGACCGCCUCCCCGUCGGCCGGGGCGCCCCCGACCUCCUCCUCGUCCCCGGGCCCGGGCCCGGCGCCCCCGCCGGCGGUGCCGGAGCCCCCCCGGGGGUCCGGCUUGGGGCCGGGGCGUCCCCGGGGGUCCGGCUUGGGGCCGCGUCCCCGGCCGCCUCGUGGCUGAGCCUGAGCCUGAGCCUGAGGUCGGAGCCCGGCAGCCCCCGCCCAGCCGCUCCGGGCCCGCGCCGGGAGCCUUGCGACCCCAGGGGCCGCCCCAGCCGGGCCCCGCCCCGGCCCGCCGGACACUCCAAGUCGCUGGACCUCGCCCGGGCCGGAGCCCUGCUCGGCCUGGGCCCCGGGGGCCCGGCGGACCCCGCCCCCGACCGCGACCACCGCAGCUGGCCCCGCCUGGAACGGCUCAGCCUGUUGGGCUACGCCAAGCUGGGGGGCUGCGGGGACCCCGGGGCCCGGGUCUGAGAGCGGGGCGGCGGGGGGCCCGGGCCCUCCCCCCGGGAGGAACCGGCCUGCUUCUGU